AUGUUUUUUCAUGCUACAUUAGCAAGAGCUUUUAUACAAUCAUUACAUCUACGUGGUGAUGAUGAUUUCACUGAUAGAUUAAAUUAUUAUUAUACCCCAAUAAUGUUAGCAGUGGCAUGUUUAUUAAUAUCAGCUAAACAAUAUGGUGGUACACCAAUAGAAUGUUGGAUUAAUCCACAUUCAAAAGAAUCAAUGGAACAAUAUAUUGAAAGUUAUUGUUGGAUACAAAAUACUUACUGGGUACCAAUGUAUGAAAAUAUUCCUGAUGAUCAUUCUACUAGAGAACAAAAACAAAUUGGUUAUUAUCAAUGGGUACCUUUUAUAUUAAUUGCUGAAGCAUUAAUGUUUUCUUUACCAUGUAUCAUAUGGAGAUUAAUGAAUUGGCAAUGUGGUAUAAAUAUUCAAAAUAUGGUUUCAGCUGGUGUUGAAAUAAGAGGAAUGAUGGAUGAAGAAGAAAGAGAAAAAGCAUUACUUAGUUUAUCUAAUUCUUUUCUUGAUUUUUUAGAUAUGCAAGAUUAUAAUUCUAAUAUUAAUAGACCAAUGUCAUUUUUUUCAAAAAUUAAGUUAUCAAAUUUAUUGAAAGGACAAUAUAUGACAUGUUUAUAUUUAUUUAUUAAAACAAUAUAUGCAUUAAAUAUAAUAAUUCAAUUUGUACUUCUUAAUAAAGCACUCAAAAAUGAUGAACACUUUUUUUUUGGUAUUCAAGUUUUACAUGAUUUAUAUAAUGGUAAACCAUGGACUGAAUCAGGACAUUUUCCACGUGUAACAUUAUGUGAUUUUGAGGUAAGACAUCUUGCUAAUUUAAAUAGAUAUACAGUUCAAUGUGCAUUAUUGAUAAAUAUAUUAAAUGAAAAAGUUUUUGCUUUUUUUUGGUUGUGGUAUCUAAUACUUGCUUCUAUUACAAUUGCUUCACUUAUAUAUUGGAUGAGUAAUUGUCUUAUUGGAAUUGAAAAAUUACAUUAUAUUUUAAAAUUUAUGUAUAUAAAAGAAAAUACUGAUAGAAAAAAGUACCUUUCAUAUAAUGGUAAAAAAAGAUAUAAAAUGUUUGAUGAUAUUUUUGGUGGAAAAAAAGAUAUAAGUAAUGUAAAAAAAAUUUUACCACCAUCAUCACAUUUAUUAGAAGCUUUUGUUUUUGAUUUUCUUCAUACUGAUGGUGUUUUUGUAUUAAGAUUAAUGUCAAAUCAUGCUGGAGAUUUAAUAGUAAUGAAUACUGUAAUAAAUUUAUGGAAAGAAUUUCAGGCAAGAAAUUGGAUGGAAUUUGAACAUUUUACCCCAAGAAGACAUGAAACUUCAUUUAUUGGUAUUAGUAAUAAAGUUGCACAUUAUGCUGAAAAUUCUCAUGAACCAUCUAAUAAUAAUGAUUAUAGUAAUAAUAAAAAAGAUAUUGAAAUUACUAUUGAAAAUGAUAAUUUACCAAAUUUUAAACAAAAAACUACACAAAUAAAAAAAAUAAUUGUUCAUAAUGGAGAACAAAUAGAAAGUGGUAAGACAUCAACAACCUCAACAGGAAAUGAUUUGUAUAAAAGUACAUUUGAAGAAGUUGUACCAUAUAAUCUAUAA